AAACCCUUGCCCCUCAUAUGCAAUUCUCUCUCCCGGUCACCACCUCCACCCAGCCGCCCUCCAUUGAUUCUCUGCCAUUCUGCCGCCGGUGAGUCGCGACCGCCUCUCCUCUUUUCAGGUGUGUCCGUCUCAGGUCUCCUCUUCUCAGCCUUCAACCAGGUCCAGCCGGUCACAGCUCAGCCCACAGAAUUCAAAAUGCAAGGAUUCAGCGGCUGUUGCCUAUAAGCACGCCACAGUCCAGCUUCCGGCUGCUCAGUUCUUUACCACUUGUUGCCUCUGUGCUCCUACACUAUAUUUGCUUAGCUGUCUUUACUAGCCAUUUAUAACAACAACAACAACAACAACAAUAAUAAUAAUAAUAAUAAAUAUUAUGCAAUCCCCUGCAAAAUCGAAAGAAGCAGACACCGUGUAUGUGAGUUUGUUUCUUUUUCUCUGAAUGUAGAUCUCGGUUGUAUAGCAUCAUAAUUGUUUAAAAUUUGUACAAUCUACAUUGCAUAUUAUUUCAACCUUACCCCUUUUUUUGGUAACAACCUUACUCCUUAAAAAUUAAACAAUUGUAAUACCUAAAGGGGUAAAUUUUCUAUUCCUAAGCUGCAUUGUUUUGCGCAUAAUAAUGUGAGAUACUUGUUGAAGAUCUGAGGAACUCCUUUGUUUUUAAAAUUUGCUCUUUCAUUCAUCUCUCUUUCUCCUGCAUCCUCCCUUCUUGCCCAAGAUGACUGAAUGGGGCGGCGGCUUUCUCAAAAGUAGUAGCUCAUUUAUUUGACAUUUAAGAAAAAGAACAAUAUAGAUGGUUGGGUUCUCCUCGUAACUUUAAAUGAAUUUAGCUCAUCUAAUUAUGUUAAAGCAUCACAUUUUUUUUGUGCUUGUCAGGGAAGUCAAAGAAUGGCUGGAACUGUCAAUUGGGGCACUGCCACUGUUAUUGGGGUAUUUGCCGGCAUGUUAUAUGGGGGUAGUAAGGAGGCAGCUGCCUCAGUUAGCAAGGAUGCUGAGGUGAUGCUGAAGCUUGGGAGCACACCAGAUAAGCGUGAACAGUAUCGCCUGAUGAGAGAUUCUAUGGAAAAAAGAUUCAUACGAGUCACUCGAGGCUCAAUAGUUGGUGGAGUGCGGCUUGGGGUGUUCACUGCUUCAUUUUGUGGGUUGCAGAAUCUGUUAGCUGAGAAGCGCAGGGUGCAUGAUGUCUAUAACGUAGUUGCAGCUGGAUCUGCAACUUCUGCCGCAUUUGGUCUGAUCCUGCCAGGGUCACUCUAUUGGCGUGCAAGAAACGUUGUGCUGGGUUCUGCUUUGGGUGCCAUAUUUUGUUUUCCACUUGGUUGGCUUCAUCUGAAGCUCGUAGAAAAAGCAAAUGAAUCCCAAACGCGGAUCAAUAACAAAGAGGUGAAGAGCGGAGUUGGUGGUGCGAUUGAGAGACUUGAAGGUCAUUUGAGCAGCAACAAGGACUGUGAAUGAUGGUGCACAUCAAUCAAAAGCAUCAUGGGGUUAUAAUGUUUACUUGUAAUACAAAGUAGGAUGGAGUUUUUCAUCACUCCAUGAACGCUCAAAUUGGACCUUUAAUUCGGGAUGGGGUAUUAUAAACUAGACAAUGGCCU